AUGCUGAAAUCGACGCUCCUCCUUCUGCUCAUCGUCAUCUCGAUCGUCGAAAGUCUGUCAUGGUUGGCACUGGGUUUAGCCGGGAGCCGUUUUGAUAGGGAUAAGCCGGGCACGUCAUGCAAGUCGUUGAAAGGUCUGACACGGAGGCAGAUGAGAUUCUGCAAGAAAAACAUCGACCUAAUGGAUAGUGUGCGGACAGGAGCACUCGCUGCUCACGCCGAAUGCCAAUUCCAGUUUCACAAACGGCGGUGGAAUUGCACUCUAAUCGACCCGAUGACUCACGAAGUGAUACCCGACGUGUUUCUUCAUGAAAACACGCGAGAAUCGGCGUUUGUACACGCCAUCUCGUCAGCUGCCGUCGCUUAUAAAGUGACCCGAGACUGUGCCCGAGGAAUCAGUGAACGGUGUGGAUGUGACUACUCGAAAAACGAUAAUGCUGGAAAAGGUCAAUUCAUGUACCAAGGCUGUUCUGACAAUGUGAAAUUCGGGAUCGGUGUCUCCAAAGAAUUCGUGGAUUCCGCGCAGCGUAGAGUGAUAACAACGAGGGAUGAUAACGGGACAAGUCUACUGGCGACGAGUCAAUUGUCUGCAGAUGGUAUGCAUAUGAUUAAUUUGCAUAAUAAUCAGGCGGGACGGCAGGUUCUCGAAAAAUCGCUCCGCCGAGAGUGCAAAUGUCACGGGAUGAGCGGGUCGUGUGAGAUGAAGACCUGCUGGGAUUCGCUCCCAAAUUUUAGACACAUUGGAAUGGCGAUCAAGGACAAGUUCGAUGGGGCUGCCGAGGUGAAAGUGGUGAAGGAUGAGGGAAUUGAGAAACCGAGGAUUGUGAUGAAGAAUUCGCAAUUUAAAAGGCAUACUAACGCGGAUUUGGUCUACAUGACACCAUCCCCGGAUUUCUGCGAAGCCGACCCGCAGCGAGGAAUUCUCGGAACCAAAGGGAGACAGUGUACCCUCGCACCGAAUGCUAUCGAUGAUUGUAGUUUGCUGUGCUGUGGGCGUGGCUACGAGAAGAAGGUGCAAAUCGUCGAGGAAAAAUGCAAUUGCAAGUUCUUCUACUGCUGCGAGGUGCGCUGCGAGCCGUGCCAGAAACGAAUCGAGAAAUAUUUCUGUUUGUAA